AGUUUGCUCAUAUUGUCAGCCAUUGAAUUCACCACGAAGAGGAGGAGGAGGAAUACUGUGUCCACGGGAAUCAAACCAGGGUCACCUUUCCUGUUUCUGCUCUUUUAGACACUUCCAGGGACAUUAGGUUUAUUUGGUGUUGGAUGUUGGUGUUUGUCGAUCUUCGGCAGCUUGUGUUUCCACUUUCUCUGCCUGCCAACCAAAUAUCCAGCGGCAGAUGACAGUGACAGGCAGGGUGGUGUUAUAUAGUAAGAGACUGAGAUAAAGUGGGCGACGGCGGCUGUCAGGCACAGAUAAAGCGGACAAUAACGGUCUAAACUCGACAAUGUAGCGGGAAGGAGCUCUGCAGCUGUUCGGAUAUGGAUACGGUGCGUUGACGUGACGGCUGGACGACUAAAAUGUUUCGAGUGGAUUUACUAAACAAGGAACACCUAAAUCUGACUUCCCACUGAGAAAACCACUCCUUUUCUUUCACCUUUUGUCAAAUUUAGCUAAUCAAUACAUGACAACCAGGACGAUGCGGCUUUUAUUUCGCAUGUCAAGGUGCACACAUGGAGUGCAUCUGUCCAAAAUCAAACUGACACAGCCGAGGAUGUUGUGGCUGGAGCACCGUCUGACCGCCUCACCUGCCCUCCAGAGGAAGAGACAGCCGACCGGGGUCAAGCCAUCAGUCCAUCCGACGCCUGCUUUCCCUUUCUCCCCACCCAGGCCCUUCAUGUCUGCUCUGCCCUGGAGUCCACUCAGAGGUCUCUCCAUACUCUGUUCACACACACCGACAGGUAGAGCACGGACAGUCUCACACACACCUGUUGCCUUCGCCAGCUCUUCAGCCGCCUCCACACCUACAACACCAGCCGGAUCAGCGAAGAACACCCAGGCAGACACUGAGAUGAGCCAAACACCGACCACGGUCCCCGUGGAGGAUGUUAAAAGGAUUUUGCAACUCGCUCACCCGGAGAGAUGGAGGCUGGCAGCUGCUGUGGGCUUCUUAACUGUCUCCAGUGCAGUAACCAUGUCAGCUCCAUUCCUCCUGGGUAAAGUGAUUGACACCAUUUACACCACUGGAACAGACACAGAGACAAUGACGGCUUCCCUGACAUCUUUAUGUAUCAUGCUGACGGGGGUGUUCCUGUGUGGUGGGGCAGCCAAUGCUGCCAGAGUCUACCUCAUGCAGACCUCAGGCCAAAAGAUUGUUCGCAAUCUCCGUGCCGCCGUCUUCUCCUCCAUCCUCAGACAGGAAGUGGCAUUUUUUGACAGGAAUAGGACUGGCGAGCUAAUCAACCGCCUCUCUGCUGACACGGCCGUGGUGGGCCACUCGAUCACUGACAACCUGUCUGAUGGGCUGAGAGCCGUCGCUCAGGCAGCUGUUGGUGUCAGUAUGAUGUUCUAUGUCUCGUCCAGUUUAGCAAGCUUUGUGUUGCUGAUUGUCCCUCCUAUGGCCUGUCUUGCUGUAGUCUAUGGCAGAUACCUUCGCUCCAUCUCCAAACACACACAGGACGCGCUCGCACAAGCCACACAGUUGGCAGAGGAGCGAAUCAGCAACAUGCGGACAGUCAGGGCUUUUGGUAAAGAGCCAUCAGAGGUCAACACAUACACGCAGAAGACAGACCAGGUCUUCAGCCUGGCCAAGAAGGAGGCGGUGCUACGAGCUGGCUUCUUUGGAGUGACUGGUCUCAGUGGUAACGUCAUGAUCCUGUCAGUGCUCUACAAGGGAGGCCUUCUGAUGGUCAGCCAGCACAUGACUGUGGGAGAGCUCUCAUCGUUCCUCAUGUACACCUUCUGGGUGGGCAUCAGUGUUGCAGGUCUGAGUUCCUUCUACUCUGAGCUGAUGAAGGGUUUUGGAGCAGGAACCAGACUGUGGGAGCUGCUGGACAGAAAGCCAGAGUUUCCUCUAGAUGAAGGCCUAGUUCUUCCUCCAGAACAUCUGAAGGGUCAGCUGGAGUUCAGUGAUGUCUCCUUUGCCUACCCGACCCGUAAGGAGACUCCAAUUUUCCAGAACCUCAGCCUGCUGGUCCCAGCUGGUACCAUCAUGGCUGUGGUGGGACCCAGUGGGUCUGGAAAAUCAACCCUGGUCUCUCUGCUGCUCAGGCUGUAUGACACCGACGCCGGUAUCAUCUCUAUAGAUGGUCAUGACAUCAGAGAUCUGAAUCCCUAUUGGCUCAGGAGUCACAUUGGAACUGUCAGCCAGGAGCCUGUGCUGUUUUCUUGCUCUAUAAGAGAUAAUAUAGCGUACGGUGCAGUGGACCAAGACGCCGUGACUACAGAGGACAUCUACAGGGCCGCCAAAGUGGCCAACGCCUAUGAUUUUAUCCAGGCUUUCCCCAAGGGCUUUGACACUGUAGUGGGGGAGAAAGGAGUGCUGUUGUCAGGUGGUCAGAAGCAGAGGAUAGCCAUAGCCAGAGCUCUGCUCAAGAAUCCUAGGAUACUGCUUCUAGACGAGGCUACAAGUGCACUGGAUGCUGAGAACGAGUUCCUGGUCCAGGAAGCCUUGGAGCGUCUGAUGGAAGGGAGAACGGUUGUGAUCAUCGCUCACCGUCUGUCCACCAUCCAGAAUGCGAACGCCGUUGCUGUACUGGAACAACGACGUAUAGCCGAGUGUGGCCAGCACACAGAGCUGCUAGGCAACAGGCAAGGGCUGUUCAGAAAACUGAUGGAGAAACAGGCGUUUCUACAAGAAGAACAGAAACGGGCACUUCGCUGAGACGACCGGGAGUACAGACGAGUGGAUGAGAAAGAGGGAGAGGUGAGGUCGAUGGCUGGGAAAGUGGCUUUGCUCCUCAAAGGAGCUUUUAUCCUCAUCCUACCCAUGCAAGGCAUUGCCUUACAUGGGUAGAGGUGGAUAAAAGCUGAGGAAAGCAGAACUUUUCACAAGACUACAGAUGAACACGAGAGAGAGAGAGGAGAUUGGUAAGCCAGGAAACCUAAAGGGAAUCUCUUAAAUGCUCUAUCCUUUUGCUGGAAUGACUAUGUAGCACCACAUGAUGAGCUGUUUGAAAAGGAAACAUAACCCCUUUUGUUCUCUGCUGUCUGACACUGUAGUCUGUUAUCACUUAACAAUUUUUCACAAACAAACCAAAAACAGUCCAGUAUGAUGUGAACUGCUAAAUAUGUAUUUCUUUAUGAAUUUGUGUCUAUUUAUUACUGACUUUUUAAACUCAAAGCUUACAUGCAGAGCCUGUCAUUUUAGAGUUUAAACAAGUCAAAUGAAGCAGCUACUUGUGUUGUAAAACAGGACUACACACCAUUCUUACCAAUCUUUGAUAACAAGAACACAGAUUAAUUUAUGCACAUUUGUCAUGGAAAAUUAGUGUGCUAUGUAAGUGAUUGUCCUGUAAGUCACAGCUGAGGUGCUGCACAUCUGAGAAAAAAAAAAAAAAAACGGCAUUGGUCUCACUGUAUCAUAUUUAAACUGGGUGUGGUUUGCUAAAAUGUUUCUGUUCAGUUCACUUUUUAGUUUUUCUUGCUUUGGAUUUAUUUUACUUUAUCAUCUUGAUAUGUCUAACAACAUAAAAUGUGCACUGUUGCUUGGGGGAAUUUGACUGAGGGCUGUUAAACAGCCUCUUUUCUGGUGAAUGUCCUGCUUUCAGGGAGGAAGGGUCAGAGUCAGUCAGUUUUUUCAGUCAGUCAAUUUUUCAGUUUUGUAUUUUCCCUUCAGUUUUGUAUAGUGUCUUCAAAAAGUUACACAGUGCCGGUCUAAAUGUAGUCUUAGCAUUCUUGGUCUAAUCUAGUAAUGGUGGAUAAACAGAAACCAACACUUAACUGUGUGAGAAAGUGCCGCGGUUCUGACUGUAUACUGUUGACCACUGUGUCUGUCAGUCUGUCAUGAGUCAUGAUCGUCCCCCCUCCAUGCUGUGUUCACUGGUAGUUGUUCACACAAUGUGCACUGGGCCAGCAUUAAAUGCUAUAUAAACAGCUGUAAAACCAGGGACAUCUUAGCCACAGCGCUAUUGAGCCAGCUAAAUAUUACAGCUGGCUUGGAGAGCCUGACUAAGAGGUAAUGAUUCUCCUCAGUAAAUAUUUGGAUGGUAAAUGACCACUUCCGUGCUCAGGGGCAGUCUAGACCGGAGUGUUUCAGAGGAUUUUCUUCUUUUCUUCUUUAUUUGAAUUCGCCACUGCCCUAAAGGGAAUAUAGAGUCCCCAGUUUUUGUUGAUUGAACUACUUAAGGACAAACAUCCUUUGUUCAUUGAGAAAAUAUUUGCUGUGAUUCUGGAAACAGGUUUGACUGGGUGCUACUAAAAGUUUAACAAUCAUUUAACAACAAGGACUUGUUUUAUGGUUAAAAAAACCUAAUGAACAACAAAUCAAACUGUGGCUAUAUGAUGUUUGUCAUGGCUCUGACACAUCACAUCUGGCAGAUGAGAAACUCUAAACAACAUUGAUAUACAGCGCAGGAUAUAUACAAAUGAUCACAUAUUAUUAAAAUCAGUCUCUUCAGAACUAUAUAUCUUAUAUUUCGGUUGACUUAGAGGUCAGGACUUAGUGGUGGAGCUUUCUGUUUCUGUUAAUGCUGUUAAUACAUAUAGUAGAUAAAGCACCUUGUAUAAUCAACAAGAUUUUACUACAAGAUUUUUUUUACUUCUGAGACUGCAAACCUGUGUGUAUUUCUCUGAAGGUUUAUGACAGGCGGGGAUUAGAAACUUGAAUCACUGUGAAUGUAAUUCACAAUUUGAAGACAGUGAUACAAAAAGACUCUUAAGACAGUGGAUCGUGGCAUUUAAAUGAACAGGCUGGAUACCAUUCAAACAAGGGACUAACGAGUAUAAAUUAAUACAACAUUAAUCAAUGGUAAUUGGCCCUUUCAAUAGCCGACUAAUCUUGUCUGUGUACAAUAUAAAUUUAAAGGUUUUAUAUAUAUUUAUUACAGUGUAUAUAGACUGUAUGACAGCAGAGCUCAGAGCUUACCUUUAUUACAAGAUUAAUGUUAUUAUGGACAGUUUUCAUGUUCUUUGUUUUUUUUUAUUGCUAUGUACACCUAAUAGGCAAGAUUGUCAUUUCCUUACAAUAUCUUUGUUUCCAUUUCAAAGUAAAAUUUUACUGCAGAGUGAUGCUUUGAACCUAGACUCUGAACGUCAUAUGUCCAGACUUGUUUUGUUGAUCCCAUGAAAGUAAGUUGAUAAAAUUAUCAAACUCAUCUCUGCCCAUCAGAAUUAAAUAGAAAGAAUUCAUGUUGUGUCAGAAACACAUGCUGAAGGUGCUUGAAAGUUUGUCUGUUAAUGAUGGAUCCAUGUCUUUAUAACAAAUCAUAUAAGACUGCUGGGGAUUUCUUUCUUAAUGUGUGCGAUAUAAAUAAUAUGGCCUAAUGAUGAAUUUAUAGAUUUUUGAUUAAUUGUGUGUUUUGUUAAAUUAUUAUACAUCUAUAAAGUGAAAUAUUUUAUAGAUAGUGUACAUAUAAUAGUUUAAUUUGUUGUCCACAGUUUUGUCUGAUUAGGAACAUGUAUACUGGUAUUAAAUCAGAACACAUUUAAAUGUUAUAAAGUUUUUUUUGUUUAUUAGUGAAGGCAAAAUAUUUCAUUCUUUCAAGGGGUUGGACAGAUCCCAACUGUAACCCAAACUUUGUAAAAUCUAUAAGGAAGUUUCAGUGGUUCAAUUGUUUUUAAUAUAAUAUAAUAUUUUAGAUUAAAAUGAGCGGUAAUGCUGCCUGCAUUAAUUCACCGUUUCCCUACAGAGCCACUUAAAGUGAUGGGAAGAGGAGGUGCACUCACAACCCAUCUCCUCUAUCACUGUAGAUUAUAUUUCAUAGCUUGUUCACAUUUGCUCAUUCAACAUUUUUAUAAUACAUAACUGUUUUCUCGACAAACUCUCACUAGUUUGUGGGUUUCCGUGCGUUAUGUUAGGCUGUCAGUAGGUGGUGCUGUUGCAUCAUUCUUUGAGCUACAGCCAGGCUCAGAAGCUUAGGUCCUCCAUCAGAGCAAAAUAAAACUUCAUGGUAAUGAUAUGAGUAGUGUGUAUUCAGCUGUUGGUGGGUUGUGUUGACAGUGUGGUGAGUUUCUCAUGCAAAUAGACUCUGCAUUCUCACAUUGUCCCAUCUGCUGGCACCUAGACGGGUCCUGGCAAAGCAGUAAAUUAAUGCUUUCAAUUGAUUUAUCCUGCUUUGUAAGUGCUUGUUGCACUUGUGGGACAGGUUAAGAGUCUGUCAAGAUGUAUCGACCAAUUUAGAUAUUUACAAUCAUGUCCGUAUGCGUAUGUGAUAUGUGAAAAUUGCCAGUACAGGCACAAGAGGCAAAGUCAUGCUGUAAAAUACCAAUGAAAUAAAAUAUUUUAUGAAUUAAA